CCUGUUCGAGCAGGAGAUUAUGAGCUAUGUGCCGGCGGGCGGGUGUGGUCCAACGAGCGGCGCGAGCGCGGCGGCGACAGCGGGCGCGUCCCCCGCCGCCUCGCCCGCCGCCGCGCGCAGCACGCGGGCGCCCGCGCCGCAGCGGCGAGACUUCGAGGCCAAGCUGCGGGCUUUCUAUCGCAAACUUGAGAGCAAAGGAUACGGCCAGGGACCCGGGAAACUCAAAUUACAUAUUCGAAGAGAGCAUCUUUUAGAAGAUGCAUUCCGACGCAUCAUGUCAUGUGGCAAGAAGGAGUUGCAAAAGGGCAAGUUGUGCGUCCUGUGGGACGGCGAGGAAGGCCUGGACUACGGCGGACCGAGUCGGGAGUUCUUCUUCCUGUUGUCAAGAGAACUGUUCAACCCUUACUAUGGACUGUUCGAGUACUCGGCGAACGACACGUACACCGUGCAUGUCUCACCGAUGUCCGCCUUCGUCGAUAACCACCACGAAUGGUUCCGUUUCUCGGGGCGCGUGCUGGGCCUGGCGCUGGUGCACGGGUACCUGCUGGAGGCGUGGUUCACGCGCGCGCUGUACCGCGCGCUGCUGCGCCUGCCGCCCGCGCUCGAGGACGUCGACGCGCUCGACGCACAGUUCGCCGCCUCGCUGCGCUGGCUGCAGUCCGCGCGUUGCGUGUCAUCACUCGAGCUAACAUUUGCGGUUUCGGAACGUCUCGCCGACGGGCGGGUGUUGGAACGGGAACUGAAGCCCGGCGGGAGGGACAUAGCCGUCACGGAGAGGAACAAGAAGGAGUACCUGGAGAGGGUCGUGCGGUGGAGGGUCGAGAGGGGAGUCGCGGAGCAGACCGAGUGGCUUGUACGAGGGUUCCACGAGGUGGUGGACCCUCGGCUGGUGGCGGCGUUCGACGCGCGCGAGCUGGAGUUGGUGAUCGCGGGCGCGCCCGAGCUCGACGUGGCGGACUGGCGUGCCAACACCGAGUACCGCGGCGGCUACCACGACGCGCACCCCGUCAUCAUAUGGUUCUGGCAGGCUAUCGACAGAUUCACAAACGAGCAGCGUCUGCGGCUGGUGCAGUUCGUGACGGGCACGUCGUCGAUCCCGUACGAGGGGUUCUCGGCGCUGCGCGGGUCGACGGGUCCGCGGCGGUUCUGCAUCGAGCGCUGGGGCCGCGUGGAGUCGCUGCCUCGCGCCCACACCUGCUUCAACCGGCUCGACCUGCCGCCCUACCCCACGCCGCAGCUGCUGCACGAGAAACUGCUGUUGGCCGUCGAAGAAACCAACACGUUCGGCAUCGAGUGAAGCGGCGGCGAUAUCUUUUGGUCUAGAUUUAUUGUUCCGUGCAAAUCGUAGAACGCUUCGGCGGCUCGCACGAACCGCAGUAAUGUAGGUCGCGGUAGACUUAAUUAGCGUUCAGUACUCACUGGCCAAUACUGAAAAUCUACAUCCGAUAAGGAUUAUCGGCGAGUUCGGUGACCUCGCGAACGUAUUGAAAACGCAUAAGCAGCUGUAAAUAAUCGUGACUAAUAUAAACACUUUUGUUGUCAAUGUAAAUAAUAGUCAAUUGAUAAGGCAGACGAAGGACAAAGAUAGUGUAGGGAGUGAAACAUAAAGUAGAUGUGCCUAGAUAUUUAUUGUUGUAACUAAAUAGCCACUUAUCCUACGAGGUUUGUACUUUAUUAACGCUUUUAUUGUAAGUGAAUGUAUACUGUGGCUGUGAACGGGACUCAAGUCCUGUGUUUAGAUAUUACGCUUUACGUCACUAAUUUAUAAUUAUAUCGUAAAUGUAACCUAUCUAUGACCCUUCAUAAGGAUGUUUAAUUUAUUGGUACAGUAGCAAAUACUUCAAUGUGAGUUAUGGAAAAUAAGUAUUUCAACAAAGUAUUAUAAAUUUUGCUCAUGAAUUCAAAUUCAGCAGAUAUAGGAGGAUUACGUACGAGAGCCCUAGUCAGUUGUGUAUAUUACAGUAAACGGAGAAGGACUGGUUACUGGUGGUACUGGCAUUCCAAACCUCUGUCUUCUAGCUUUCCUCGCAUGUUUGGGGAGCACAGCGCUGCAACCCCUUGCUAACUCGACAACAUACAAAA